AAAAUGGCAGCCGACACAGCAGUAGGAAACUGCCAUUUGUACGGAGUGGUCAAGUACACUUCUUGACUUUCGCUACCGUAAACUCUUUCGGGAUCUGAAUCGAUUUCUUAAAUCGAGGCUGACCUUGUUUUCUUCUUGGUCAUCGUCCGAAAAAUAUUCGAGGCGUGCGUCUCCUGCUAUCGCACGACGAUAUCUAUAACCUGCUGCGCCCUCCAGCGUUCGAACGUCUUCGAUAUUUCCUCGGAUUCGGAAGAAAGUGCGCUCCACUCGCGUGUGUGUGUGUAUUUUUUACGAUCCAGUGUUGAAGUUGUGCAAAAUUUGUCCAGGCUCUUGUGUGCAUCUCUCCUGCCGAGCUGUAGUGUUUUUUUUGUUUGAACCGUACACCGUGCCAUCUUGCAUCGAACCAAAAGGAAACUUCGUUUUCAUCCUUUGCCAAAAUCACGCGUACUCCAAUUCCAAUCGUAUGUGGUGCUGUGCGCGUGUGUUUGUGCUGUACUGAAACGAAACCGUGUGCAGGAAGAAAAAAUUGUUCCUCCGUGACGGAGUUGACCACGCUGUUGUGCAGUACGUGGGCUUAAAACGUGAAAAAGCAAUACCACAAUCUACAAACAUGAAGCAAAUCGCUUUGACCUGUUCCGGCCAUACGCGUCCCGUUGUGCACUUGGAUUUCAGCGGGAUGACCGAAUGUGGAUACUUCCUCAUAUCGGCAUGCAAAGAUGGCAAACCAAUGCUGCGGAUGGGCGACACCGGCGACUGGGUCGGCACGUUCGAGGGUCACAAGGGUGCCGUCUGGGGCGUCGCGUUGAACGACUCGGCAACGCUAGCGGCGUCCGGCGCGGCCGACUUUACCGGCAAAAUCUGGAACGCCGUCACGGGCGAGGAGGUGCACAGCCUGCAGCACAACCACAUCGUCAAAACGGUCUCGUUUAGCCACGACAGCCGCUUCCUGGUGACCGGCAGCAACGAAAAGCUGGUACGGGUAUUCGAUCUCAACUCGGAGGGCAAGGCGCUGGAGUCGUAUGCGGGCCAUGCCGGGGCCGUCAAGCGGGCACUCUUCUGCCGGAACGAACGGUGUGUCAUCAGCUGCGCGGACGACAAAUCGCUGCGCUUGUGGGACCGCAGCUCCGGCCAGGAGGUUUCGCGGGUCGAGUUCAGUUCGCAUCCGAACGGGCUCGAGCUGUCGAAGGAUGGCACCAUCCUGACGGUAACGUACGGCCACUGCACCGCGUUCUACGAGAUGGAUACGCUCAAGCAGCUGAAGGAGAUCACUAUGCCGACGUUGGUCAGCUCGGCCAGUCUGCACCCGGACAAGCACAUCUUCGUGUGCGGUGGGGAGGACUUCAAGAUGUACAAGUACGACUACAUUACGGGCAACGAGAUCGAAUCGUUCAAGGGCCACUUCGGUCCGGUACAUUCGGUCAGCUUCAGCCCGGACGGCGAACUGUACGCCAGCGGCUCCGAGGACGGUACGCUCCGGCUGUGGCAGACGACGGUGGGCAAAACGUACGGUCUGUGGAAGUGCACCGAGCCGACGGAUUUGAACAAUUCCACCACAGCCGCCGGAACUGGCACGGCCGCCGUCGCCGCCACCACCACCACCCCAACGGUUCCCAUCGCCACAACCACCAGCACGGCACCCACUGCCACCGCCGCCGUCAGCUGCCCCACGCCGGCCGAAGUAACUGCCAACUGAACGUAAGUGGCGCGCAACGAAUGGGACCGGACGAUCCGCGUGGAAAAAAAACUCUUACCUGAAAGGAACGAUCGGGACACACCGGUAGGCUGGGCGGGCCCCUUAGGAAGGGUGUGCGGGGGGUUUUGACGGGAGCAGAACCGGCAGUACCGCGUAGAUGUCACCAAUGGUCGGAACCUUUUCGGGGGAGCAGAGAAAAUAAUAAAAAACAAAACCAUCAUUUCCUCAACGCGCGUUACAUGAUGAUGAUGGCUUCCGGGAAAAUCGAAAGUAAGGGCCGCGUCAUCCGGGAGGAACAGGGACGCGUAACACGCAAUGAACUAUGAAUUCAGGACUUACAUACAGAUUCACACUCGUACACACUUACAUACACACACACACACACAUCUACAAAGACUUAUGUGCGCCUCAAGGAAACGAAAAGAGUAGAACGAUCGGCAUCUUAUGGUCGGUUCGUAAAUGCCCCCCCUCCAGUCCCGUUAACGAACGUAAACGGGUUGGUUUAUCAUUUGUUUUUUGUUUCCUUAUCAUUCGAUUGAAUCAUUGACCUUCCUCUGCCUUCCUUGACUCCAUGCUUGUCAUACACAACACAGCGUACAGUGCUGACCGUGUUUUUUUUUGUAACUUACACUGUAGCAGGUAUAUGUGGAAGAAAGACAAAGACAGAGAGAGGGACUGAGAGAGAGAGAGAGGAAAAAAUUUCAAUAAGAAACGUACGAAGAAGAUUAUUGAUUGUAUUGAUAAUAAUUUAUGAUCCCCCGAUUAUGUGUGAAGAAAUGCUUGUUAAUUAUUUUAAAUAAUAAUAAAAUGAACCAACAAACCUGACGCCACUUUGGCACGUGCAGCAGCAGAAAACCAAAA